UUGUCACUGUCACAUGCUGAAGUCAAGCUCGAUCAGCUGACUGCAUUCCUUCCCCUUUUUAAUGGUUAGAUUUUCCUUCUCCAAUUGAACGUUUUCGGUGGGUGAAGAACAUUAUUUAUAUUAUUCAGACCUUUUGGCGUCAAUUGUUAACACCAACCUGAAGGUAGCGUAGUGAGAUCGCCCGCAAAAUAUCGCGGUUUGGGUGAUUGAGUGGAUCAUGAACGGACACGCUAUUCUCUACACCGGGGUCACUUUGGCCUUCUGGAGUACCAUUCUCAUCGUCGGUAUCUGCUACACAAUCUUCGACCUUGGAUUCCGCUUCGAUGUGGCAUGGUUCUUGACAGAAACGUCGCCUUUCAUGUGGGCGAACCUUGGGAUUGGCUUGGCCAUCUCGCUCUCUGUUGUCGGAGCAGCUUGGGGCAUUUACAUCACAGGUUCCAGCAUCAUAGGAGGUGGUGUAAAAGCACCACGGAUUAAAACAAAGAAUUUGGUCAGCAUUAUCUUCUGUGAGGCCGUAGCUAUAUAUGGGAUCAUCAUGGCAAUCGUUAUAAGUAACAUGGCUGAGAGCUUUAGCGGCACUACACCAGAGACCAUUGGGGCAAGGAACUACCAAGCAGGCUACUCCAUGUUUGGCGCUGGUCUUACUGUGGGCUUCUCCAACCUCUUCUGUGGCAUCUGUGUUGGCAUCGUUGGGAGUGGAGCCGCCCUGGCUGAUGCCCAGAAUGGCAGCCUCUUUGUCAAAAUUCUUAUUGUGGAAAUCUUCGGCAGUGCUAUUGGGCUAUUUGGAGUGAUUGUAGCCAUCUUGCAGACGUCGAAAGUAAAAAUGGGUGACUAGAAGAUGUAUCCGCAAGAUAUAAGAUCAAGAUGACAAGAUCUAUGGAAGAUAUUACUGGAGAAGCAGAUGGAUUGUGUAAAUACAUAGUAAAUUAUUGAAAUGUCUUUUUGUCUGUGAUUGUUUUUAACCAUUUGCUGAAGUGACAUAUUUGCACCAUUUUGUCUUAAAGGAAUGCAACCGAAAGGUUAGAUUAAACUGCAGGUGUUUAAGACAAAAUCAUAUCCCUUUUGAAUAAAAUGUUAUGUUCAUAUUACAGUAGUUGCAGGAAAAAAGUAAUUCAUCUCUAGCAAACCUCUUGGCAUUCCCCACAUACUUUUACUGUUGUAUCAAAUCAAAUCUAUUACAACUAGUAGUAGUAGUAGGGACAUUUUUAAAGCGAUACUUCGGGAAUUUGGCAAUGAGGCCCUUUAUCUACUUCCCCAGAGUCAGAUGAACUCGUGUUUACCAUUUUUUUGGAUACCAUUUUAAUGUGUCUGUGUCCAGUAUGAAGGAAGUUAGAGUUUAACAAGCCAAUGCAAAUAGUGUUAGCACAAUGACUGGAAGUCUAUCGGUACAGUAUCUACUAGCAUGUGUACAGUAUAGCAUUUGUUACCAUGAUGAAAUAAUGGAAUGCCACUAUUAUAUAAUAACAGCUAAGGUACCCAAGUUUGGUUUGACAUGACUGUGUUCUCUGGUGGUGGGUAUGUGAAAAUGCUUGCUUUUCCGUAAAGAGCUGUUCUGUUCAUUACAUGGAAUUGUGAUAAAUGGCUGUAAAAAUCUGUUUGAAGUAUUGAACUGUUUGUAUGGUAAAGUAAUAAGGUAUAACAAAGCAAAUUAUUAUAUUUAUGACUAAUGUAAUCCAUAAUGUUUUUCACUAGUUUCAGUUACUAUAUAUUUAUCCAUGACUGGUGUAAGUAACCAGUACUAUAGUAACACUAAAUGAAUCAAAAUGUAUUGAUACAAAGGUGAUCUAAAGAGAUAUUACACUGAAUCUGUAAUUGUUGGAUGUUUGACAUUAGUCAGCUGUCAUUCAUUUAAUUUGUGUUGAUGUAUACAUAACAUUUUGGUAGGCACUCUUCAGUUCUGAUUGGUUAAAAAUUAGAAUAGUACAUUUGUGUGUGAGUAUAUUAAGGGUCUGUUUUUUGUGAACUAUGAGGGUGUUUACCAUUCUAUAUACCUUUGCUUGGGUUGUCAGAUUUUUUUGUUGUUGAUGCAAGUCGUCUUUAUCCACAGUGAGUGAACUGUGGCUGAAUAUACAUGUAUAUGAUUUUAAGUGACCAUAUAUUAUGUUUUUGCUCUUUCCUUCUCAGGUGUGUAACCCCCUGUUAACUAUCUAUCUGUGGAGAGUGAGAAAUGUAGCUGUUUUCCUCAAGAUCGUGUAUAUUUUCUGCUUUCUUUCUGUUUUUGUGUAACUUUGAACUUGAAUGCUCCAAGCUCCUUGUCUUGUGAAUGGGCUAACAUACAUUUAUUAUUUUGGAGAGAUGGUACUCGAGCAGAACAUCGAUAAGAACUUCCUCAGACCGGUUGGCCUUUUUCUUAGUCAUUAUUUUUAUUUUUAUAUCUAGUGAAUUAGCUGCAAAAUCUAUGUCCACCUGUGCUACUGAUUUUAAGACAUUUAGAUUGAGCCCUUAAAAGUUAAAUACAAUCCUUGAGUCUAUUGUCAUAAACUGGCAUCCCAUUUAAUAUUCAUAACAUCCAAUUUGCUGCGACCAUGUGUUCGUCCCAAAUUUCGCCCUAUUCCCUACACAGUGCUCUUAAGUUUGACCAGAGCCCUAUGGGUCCUGGUCAACAAUAGUACACUAUAUAUAGGAAAUAGGGUGCCAUUUGAGAUGCACUUAUGACUGUGUAUAGUUAUGGAGGGCUCACACUGAGUCGUUGUCCCCCUCCUUACCAAUCAUUUAUGUACAAGAUGUAUUUUUAUCUGGUUUCUUUUUAAUGUAAAAGUUCAUAGUGUUCAUCCAUGGAGAUGGAUGGUUUGACUAGUCCCUAUGGCAAAAGCCUAAACAACAUUUGGAAUAGUAUUUCGAGUGGGUUUCAUACAUUGAUUCAGCGGUGUUCAUUCCUUACUUUUGACCAUUCCUUAAUGGACCUUUGGUGAAAUACAGGGGUGACCUCCCUGGUCCUGGAGAGCAUCAGUACUGAAGCGUUUCAAUGUAUAACAUUUGGACUGUAAGUUCAACUGUUGUUGGUUUCAAAGUAUGCUGCUUGAGAGAGGGCCAUGAAUGCACAUGGCUUAUGUUGAGACUCUCUAGGUCCUUGGUUGGCCACCUGUACUGUAGUGGUAUGUCAUUCAUGUAAAUGAAGAUCAUGCCUCUGGCAUGCCUCUGGCUUUAGUGACUGUGUUUAAUAUGUUGUGGUGAAUCCAUUGUUUUGACAUGUGUAAAAGUGGGUCCGCUUGACUUAAUUGUCCUUGAAAGAAUAAAGUACUCCAAACUGACA